CAAUCACGAAAUUUGAGUCAUAGGGUGGUCUAAGUAUUGGUACAAUUGCCUAGAGCAUGUGAUAUUUGCACGAGGGUUUUGCUGAUACAAGAAGCUUGGAGUGGAUUCUUGCGCCGCCAUUUUGGUUAGCGAGAAAGGAAUUUUCAUUCGCUUCUGGGGUGGCCUAUUUGGUUUUAAAACUGACUGCAAUAUCAUUUCGAAGGAUUAAAACACCUCUGUCUUUUCUUACUGACGUUUUGGUGUGGUUUCGACGAAGAUUCUGCAAGGAAAAUCAACGACGAAAAUUUGGCGUUUUUUGCAUAUAUCAACGUUGGUGUGUUCUUUUGCGAGAUUAGAACACGCACUACCAAGACGUGGCGGUCACGUGCUCAUCGCGCUUAAAAACGUUUUCUCUACUACCCUUGAAUGAACUUUAAAAAGUUUGAAUUUUGGUUGAAUUUCGACAUACAUUUUAUUUUUUUGCUCUAUUUCCCUGUUGUAAGCAGCCGCGAAAAUGCUUUCAACGGGGCCUCGUUGCCAUCGGCAGUCAUUGUGAAGUGAAGUAUGGUAGAUGGCUCAAAUGGCUCCCGCUCUGACCGAGGCAACCGCAUCUCCGGAGUCCUCGAGAAAGAAUUCAGUGGAUCGUCACUGUUCUUCAACUUUACAAGGGGAACUUAAGCAAGAAACUUCGGGUCUAGGGUUGGACUUAAAGUUGGUUUCCCAGAACGGACUUGUACGAUUGAUAAGUGACAAUAACAUUGCAGACAUUUCAAAUACUAUCAAGCCUUCGGAGCAGAACACACCCAUAGUUUCGCGAUUCAACGGAGAUUUUAAAGGGAAAAGUGAGAUGCCAAACGGACACUGUGAUGAUAAACUGGAAAAGAGUGCCACUGAUAUGUCGAGCUACUCCGCUGCCACAGAAGAAAAGCGAAAUUCUUCCCUUGAUCUUUCGCGUACAUGUGCUUCAACGGCGAAGACUUCGGCUGGUACAUGCAAUACUGUUAGUGAAGAUGAAGAACGGAAUCGAGUUUCGCAGCACCCGGUAGCUAACUUAGAUUGUGGAAAGGCUAUCAUUUCUCAAAGAACCGCACAGACGUUUCGACGUCAAGGAAAGCUGGACGGCCGGGCGAAAAGAAUUGAAACGCGCCUUCGUAAACUACAAGCGCGGCAACUGAGAGACCAUGUGCUUCAACAAUUGGAAAAUUUGGCAGAGAAGCGUGGUGAGUCGUGCGAUUCUUCCAUCGGUAAUCUCGAACCAACACGGAAUUCAGGAGUCAGUGCUAUCCCCGAAAGUAAAAGUGCGUCAAAUGUUUGUACGGAAUUAAAAGCAGAUCGCGCUGGCGUAAAGUCGACAGUGCCUGGAAAUCUUGCCACCCGGGCUAAACAUAACAGCGGAACGACUGUGGAUAACGUAGUGAAAGAGCUGGAGCGCAUUUCUGCUGAAUCAUUUAACGCCGGGGAAGGGAACAUCCUGACUAAUUUGAGACAGCAAGCGGAUGCCGUGAAUUCGGUGGAAAAUUGGAGUUCGCAAAUCGAAUUUUUGGAAAGCAUUCAUGAUUCCGAUGUGACAGAAGGAAGUUCGGACGAAGAAAGCGACGAGGAAGGUGAAUUGAGGAAAACGAAAUUACGUAGUGAACGGUGAGUUAAAAUUUACUAUGUUGCCAAAAGUUAGAGGCUGUUUAGAAACGAAAUAUAUCUAUAUUUCUUCGCAUCUUGCUAAUUAACGGAGGAAUAGCGUGGGAGAGAAAUAAUCUCUGCCUCGAAAUCCGCGAUUAAACUUUUCCGAUCCAUUCAAUACUGGCACUUCAUGGGUGUCUGCCAUUUCGGAGUUUUAUUCAGAUCAUAUUCAAUUUUUUACGCCAAGUUAGGACUUUCCUUUUCUAAACGAAAAUUAUGUACGAAUUAAAUGUGUGCGAUGAGAGUGAGUAGAGUUUAAAUUUCCCUCGCGGACAAUUUUUUACUACUGAACUAGCGCAAUGGUGAAAGCGGGAAAUCUCGUCAAGUUUCGAUUCGUUCCCGUUUUUAUCGAAAAUGUAAAAGAAAUACCACCACAACCUUAGCCAUUCAAAUUGAGAGCAAUCGCUAGUCAGCGAAACAACGAUUUUCCAAUUUUAGUCGUGUGGAAUUUAGUUUACACCGGCUUGUGGGGCUAUCGUUUUUUGUCUCAUUUCCCUGACGUUACAAUUCGAUCUUACCGAUUGCAUCUCUACCACAGCGUUCAAAACCUUUCGAUGACAAGUGUUAUGCCAUAUUUCGAAAACGGUAUUAAUAACUUCAUGUGAAAUUGUGCUUACAGUUGAUUGUGUUGAUCUCACUUCAGGUUUGUAUCUUGUUUAUUUUCCAUUUUUUCUGUCCUGUGCGGAUAAAUUUGCAUACAUGUUAUUGAUGGUUGAAAAGGAAAUUUUAAUUUUUAAGAAUGUAGUUUUCCUAAACCCAUUUUCAUUUAAGAUGACUCACAAAUCUGCACUUUUCAGUGUUAAGUGGUUUUCGUUUAAUGUUUUAGGAAGAGUUUGCUAACUUUUUCUCAGCUAAAAGAUGAAAAUUUAUGUCUUCUAGUUUGUACUCGUUGUGAAUGAAUUAUUUCCACUGGGGCUUCUUUUCUUUGUGCCUAGUAAAUAUUUGAAAUCAUGGUCCAUAUGACAGAAAAAAUAAAUAAUUUAUUUUUCGUCUUUUGAAUGAAAGACAAGCGUCAUUAUGGUGUAACCUGGUACAAGACUGUUAAAUUGAAAUCUCCCUGUACAUAGGUGUGAAACUGUAGAAUUGCUUGGAUUUUUGUUACUGAGUUGUACUCAACAUUUUAAGCCAGUUGGUUGAAAAUUUUUCUUUAGAUAAAUUUAAAAAUUUUUGUUUGCUAGAGCACUUAUCACUUAGGUUGGCAUGUGAAGUUGGUAGAGGAAAAAUUGGAAUUCAAAUUUUAUAAUAAAGAUUCUUCAAUUUGAUACAAUCCUGGAAUGAAUAAGAUACAGUUCACACACAUCUAUGUUCUUGUAACUUCCUUUCAUCAUGAUCUGCUUUUUCAAUUGUUUUCUGUACUUUCCAUGGACUCUGGGCAACCUUUUUAGUGAAAUGUGGCCUGCUUGCAUCAAGUCAAAUAAUUUACCACUCUUGUUAUGGUCAUUGAAACUGUAAGUGGGUGUGAAUGCAGAAGUUGAAGGCUACUUUUGCUAUUGAACAACUACACUUAACUUUGAUAGAAGCUUACACAAGAAGAGAAAGGACUGUUUGCAAUUUAUGCUAUUUUUCAAGCUACAUUGCCUAUAGGUACAGUAAUUUAAUUGUGUAAUCUUAUUAGAAUUGAUGUUUACUUGAUUAAAGUAUGGGUGCAUCUUUUAUAAUGAUGGACUUCAUGGAAAUGUUUCUAUGUAUUUUUCUGUAAAUGUGUGUAUCUUGCAUUGACGAUCAAUGUCAAGGAAGGCAAUUAAAAAAGCAUCACUUGUGUAUGAGAGCUAUCUAGUGGUUAACCUCCUUACUAGCCUUUUAAUUGUUUCACUCAGUUGGAGGGCUCCUUGGUAAAAAGUGCUUAGCGACUGCUGAUCAAUUUUGAGAUCCUUCUUUCAAAUUGUCUGGUAUUUCUUGUGAAGUAAAGGGAGAAGUAAAUGCACCACCUAAAACCAUUUUGGGCUUUAUCCUGAUUAUCCCUUUGAUUUACAUGCGUCUCUCAGUUUGAUGUUGUUGUUGUUUUUUUAAUUAAAUUGCAUUUUCCCAAACAGGGCCAAAAUUCUAAGGAGGCAGUAUCAUGUGGAAGAAGGAAUUAUUGCCUCUCACUGGUCUUGGCUUCAGUCGCAGAUUAUAAAUGUUGAAAGGCAGAUCAGGCGCUAUGAUGAUCUAUACAAAGGAGGAAGAUUAAGAAAAGGCAUGGUUAAACUUCAAGCUUGCACCACAAAUGCAAACAUAGCAAGAGGAAGUAAUGAUGUUGAUGGAAAUGGUAUCAUUAAGGGUAUUAAAAACAGUGCUGUUUCUGUUUCUUUGGAGGUAGCAAAGUCUAAGCAGUAUGUGGAUCAUGGUAAAGAUUCACCCAAAGAUCCAGAGAAUCAUGUACUGAAUGGAGUAAAGCGACACCUUCUUGAUAGUUCACUACUGAAUGAGGAGGAUGUCCCAAUGAAGCGCUAUAGGGCAGUCUUUGCAACAAAUGACUCUACUGACAAUAAAGUGUGUGGGUCUUUUUCGUCUGCUUCAAAUGAUGUUUUUCCACAAUGUGCAAGGACUAGAGGAGUGUAUCCUGUCAGGAAACGGCGCUUAGUGCAUUUAUCGCACAUCCGGCAAAAGCCCAAACCUCAUUCAUUGCUCUGUGGCUGUGUAACUCCUACAACACCAUGUUUGAUGUGCUCAAACUCUUCACGAACAUUACCGGUGGUCAGCUUCAGCCAGACAACACCUGAGAGGGUUGCUUCCUUGGAUGGUUCAUUCCACCCAGUCCUCUCCUUCUGUACAGGUAAAUAGCUUAGUAUGUAGUCCCAACGAGAUUGUUACAUUUAUUUUUCUUGAUCAAGUAAACUUUUGUGAGAUUUUUAUUAUCAACUGAAACUAAAUCAAGACAAAGCUUUCAGCUGCUUCAGUUGUUUACUACUUAACAAAUGUGUAUGUGUUUAAGGUCAAAAUUAUCAUAAUAAGCUUGUGUGUUUUGGAAAACAAUGUUCUAUUGAGAUAUGUGCAGCAGGUAAGCAAGUUAUGUCUAUGUCUGGUCAAUAAAGAUGGUGAGUCCCCCUCAGAGGAAACCCAAUUUAAUAAUUUUUACCCCCAUGUUAUAAAUAUAAACUUCCACACAGGUUCUUUGUAGUCAUUUUACAUUAAGCUCAUAAGAAUUUCACUGUAAAUCAAACAAUAUCUUCAAGUGGAUGUGAUUUUUCUCACCACCUUUCCAGUAACAUUGUACAUUGGAAGGAGAAAUUCCUUUUUGUCAAAGUAACUUAAACAGAGUGCUUAAAACAAAAUCAUUCUUUGUUUUAAGUAGAUAUACCUCUUCAGCUGCACUUUGGAGCAUUACUGCAGCGGGGUGGCUUUGAAAAGAGGACCAAACCACAAGUAUUACGCAGUACAUCCCAGAUUGUUGAGAAAAAGUAAGUAUUUGUAUCUGUAACACCUUUUGUGCGUGCAUGGCAAAUAAUUCAACUGCCUCGGGUUGCUUUUUUAAAUGGGCCAUUUAAUUGUGCCCACUUUUUAUAUUCAGUAGAAUGGCCUCCAGAAGAAGUUCUAGAACUUAGCAUCACAAUUGCAUUUAUCAAAGCAGAUGUAUCUGUUUGUUUUUGCAUUACUGCUAGUCAUUCAAUAUAUGGCAGAGAAAUUAAGCGUUAAAUCUGCUGGCUAGUAAUUAUCUACAAAAUCUUAAGCUCACUUGAUGAAAAUGGUGUUUUUAACAGUGACCUGUUUUUACCCAAAUAUUUUUUGGAAUUUGAACUGUUUUCAAUGAAAAAGGUCUUGUGAACUUAACAGGGAGAAUUUAAAUUUUUGUGGUACUCAAGUGAUGCAGAACCUGCCAUUCUAGUUAAGCACCAAAUAAGACUUUGUCAUCACUAAAAAUAGCAAAAUAUUUUCAUCAUUGUUGUGUCGUCAGCUGGCAUAACAUUUGUUCAGUUGGAUCCAUUGUGUGGUCAUAACUUUUACAAAAGUGGCAAAUUCUAUUUAACAAAUUCCAAAAAUAAAUUUUUAAGUGUGAUAUUAGGCAAUCGACCAGAGCAUUGAAUUCUUAUGCAGUUGUGUUUAAGACAUGUUGUCAUGAUGAUUUGAAUAAUCUUUUUUUUAAUGCAAAUUUUAACAGUAUUUUGUGCAAAUGAUGUCACAGUAUGACAUCAUCUAGCUUUUUUUCAAGGGAAUCUGUUUCAGGAUUUAAACUAGUUAAGGAACAAGCAGAUAUGGGAUGAAAUUCUUUCAAGUGUUACUUGGCUGUAGCUUUGCAAAUUUUGUGAUGCAUUUUUCUGUAACCUAUAACCUUGUGUGAUUUUUUUUUUUUUCAGGAAAGCACCUGUAGUACCCAAAACAGGAAAGAGGCAUGGACAAAUGGCCAAGGGCACUGCAUCGUCUCUUCUGUCCUCUACUAGUAAGUUAUUUUAACUCACUGAUCUGUUGUCAUUUCAAAUUAACCCAUAGUGAUAAUAAAAUGGUCAGUCACAAAAUGAAUCCUCUUGCACCCAGUGGAAUGAACAAUAAAGGAUGUGGAACUGGAAAACUACGUUUGUCCUAGUUUUAAUGGAAGUAUCAUUAAAUUAUAUUUCUCACAGACUCUCAUCUCUUGGAUCAGUAAAAUAAAAACCCCUUUUCAAUUUCAGUGAUUUUGGCACUUCUUUGCUGCUUUACAACAUUAACAUAACAAAUUUACACAAACAAAUACUAUGAAAAAAAAGUAUACCAGUUGUAGAUAAACAGUCUCUUAAAUGAUGCAAUAGAGUUACAUCUUGAGAACUUGCAGAUUUGUUGCAUAUCAUUCAAUCCAGUGUGAAGAACCUUGCACGACUUCUGCUAAAUUAAUUUGAAAGUGUAAUUUGUUGUUAACUAAAAACUUUUUCCAAUCAAGCUAUUUUUCUUUGCUAGAAAGUUUUAGAUCCCAGGACCUAAUUUAAUUUGCAAUUAAUAUAUUUUGUUCAGUCUGAUAACUUAAUGCUGGUGUUAUUACUGUACAUAUUAUAUGUGAGCCUCACUAGUAAUUCUCCUCACUUUCUGUCCUACAAUGCUUUUAUUAGAUUGGAGAAUUGGUACUGAAUCAAUUAUUAAUCCUCUUAAUAUUUUUCUUUAUUCUCAUCACUUGUCUGCUUGAUAUUUUAUUGAUAUUGUAAGGAGAAAUUUUUUUGAUCACUCAUAAGAGUGAAAGGAUCAAGUGAACCUGCCAUGGAAUGGUAGCCAAACAUGGUGGCAACAUUAAUUCUAUCCUAAUUUCAUGAAACAGAGUUUGUUUUUUUGAGAAUCAGACUUUCGUGGCUUUGAAAUAAAAUUUUCUUGAUUCAUAUGAGGGGUCUUUGGUGCUUUUGGAGUAUGAACUUGUUAUAGUAUCUUUCAACUAUACAAUUAUUGAGAAGAUAACAUUUAAACAGUAGGAGUCAAAAAUGGUUGUGUGUUUUUAAUUUUAAUUUUGGUUAUCUCAGAAUUGCACAAUCAGAAGUAUGAGAGGAAGAGAGGCUACUCUGUUUCCACACCAAAGAGUGCAUCAAGAGCUUCUGAGAGUAGGAUCAGUCAGGCUGAAGGUGCCAGAAAGAAGCGAGCUGCUGCAAUCAGUGCUGGUAAGAAAUGUGAGCGAAGGAAGUAGAUUUUAAGAUAGUAGACCUAGUUUACAUCUUUUAGGCAUCCUCAAUUUUUUCAUUUUUUCAUUUUAGCUCAUGUUGAAAAAACCCAGAGUUGUUCCAUCUGUGAUUUCCUUUGACUCCCAUCAAUGACAAAGACAGAAUGUCUCCUUUCAAAAUCAUUAUAAUAUCUAGCAGACAAGUAAUGCAAACAAAGGAACAUAUCAAUUAGGGGAUUAUUGUUUGAUUUAAUUACUAAUUCUCUUAACCAACAUCAUAAGAACUGUAAGGCAAAUGAGAUCUUGGGAGUUAUGUAGUAACAGUUGGGUUUAUUUACCUCCAACAGCUGCCCAGUUGCAGAAACGUGCAAGGAGCUUGUCACUUCCCACUGUGGUUUCCUCUCCUUCCACCCCGACUUCCACUCCCAGCCCUACCCCAAACCUCACUCAGUCUAUGCCACCAGCCAGCCUCAGCUCCUUGUUAAAGAAGAAGAAAGGUAGCAAUGCAUUUGAUAUUAACAACAUUGUUAUCCCAUACUCCAUGGCCUCUGCGACAAGAGUGGAAAAGCUUCAGUACAAAGAAAUCCCAACUCCUAGCUGGCGUGUAAAUGAUGUGAUAUCUGAAGGUGACGAGCUGAAAAUGGAGGUAACUUCCACUGAUUAUAAUAAGAUAAGCUUUCGUAAAAAAGAAUUCAUUCUUUUUUUUUUGGGUGGGGGGCUGGGGGAGGUACAUGACAAUUCACUUCUGAGGGGGUGGAUUUUAAGGUAUGCAUGAUAAAGUUUUAGCAUUACCGCAUGUUUAUCUUGAAACAGUGCUUCUGCAGAUUUGUUUGGGUUUUUUUCUUUCAACAAUAUCCCUACCAUCUCUUCAGAAGUUAAAUAUUGUAACAAGCUUACGAAGAGUUGAGCCUGCAAUCCCUUUGAACAGUGUGGUGUUUUUUUUUUCUCUCUCUCUCUUGUGGUUUAAUCAUUCUACAUGAUGUAGCUUUUUAGAAACCUUAGGUUACAAUUGAUAACUUAUUAUAGAAUUGGGAUGUUUUAGAAUGUUCAUAUUGAUCUUUAAGCAGAUUACUUCUUUUCCACAGGUGGAUCAUGAUCAGACUGAAAAGGAGGAAACAGAAGAUACAACAGAUGAUGUGUAUAUCUCAAGACAUCGUCUCUGUGAGGAGCAAGAACGUAAACGGUUUCUGGGACUGAUCAAAAAGAAAAGGAAGCGCACCUCAAGGCAAAGCAGUGAAAUCAGCUUUUCAGAUCCACAAUCCCCUCUAGGGUACCCAGACAGCCAGGGAGGAACCCCUCCCGGGACACCUAUAUGCAGCACACCAUUACCGACAUUGACUGGAAACUCUCUUCCACAUUCAAACUCUUUUCCUGCCGCGAUACCCUACCCUCCUGCAUCGUCUUUGUCCCCAUCUGCAACUACCACACCUACGCCUACACUGGUAUCAUCCAUGGAGAAAUUCCAUCGCUCUUUCUCGGACUCUAAGCUCCCGCAUCGAAGGUCUUCUUCGACCGAAAGGUCUGAAAAAUCUUUGAAUGAGGAAGAUGUUUGGCCACCUGUGCCCCCAUGGCCGGAUAGAACGUUUCCGUUGUCCGAAUCGGAUUUCUCUUCGCUCAAACUGCCCACACCACUUCCGACACCUGCAUCUUCUGUACCUGCGUCUCCUUCGGCCUCAUCACCCGGUAGCCCGAUGUGUUCUCCAUUAGCAAGCCCGGCUUCUGACGCAAGUAGCGAGAAGAACGAAUGGACAGUCAAGCUUGUUACAGAUCAGGGGUCGAGUAGCGACCCUGGCGGAGCACCUCGAAAAGGAAUUGUUUUAAAACUAGCAAAAAGAUAA